UGCCUUUGCACGACUACCAGAAACCAUGUCGAAGAGUCGGCCGGACACUCUACUGCAAGUGGGUCGUGAUACGGACAGAUCAUGGACUCGGGACUGGCAUGGGUCGCGGAUGCUGAAGCAGAGGAUAAGAUGAAGAGCGCGCCCCAUCGAGAGAAAUCCGCAUCAUCACCUUGAGCAGCUCUUUCCCUGAGAUCCAAGCUCUUCCUGUUGUUCUUUCCCCGCGCUCACAACAAGAAAUUACAUACAACUGUCAAGAUGCCGCCACCUGCCCAGGUCGUAUACAAGCACAUUGCGGAGCCCAAAGGUGGCGAAAAUGGCUAUCUCGGCUUCACUCCCGGCAAGGAAGAGAUUCACAAGGCUGGCUCAAGACCUGGAAACGCAAAGCCUCUAAGUUCGGACAUCCUGGUGCAGCACGAUGUCGAGAUUGUCGUCCGCGAUGGUGCGCGCCUCUACGUCGAUAUCUACCGACCUGCAGAUUCGAAUGAGCUUGCGCAGACACACCUCCCGCGAUGACUUCACCGUCUUGAUCCUCCUCAGAAAGCUCGACAAGAACGGCAAGACCCUCUACCGUCUCAGCUUCCCCAUCGAAGCCACCCCAGUAAAGUCAAUCGACGAGAUCCCGGAGAAGGAAAUGGCUUCUCUCAACCUCUUCUCCGGCGCAACAGGUACCAUUCGCGCUUUCCACCGCGAGAUUGAUGAGUCCAAGAGCAUCCACCCGCAAUUCCCCUUCCAUCCUCACACGCGUCAGCAAAAGAUUUCUCCCAACGAAAUUGUGAAGCUUGAGAUUGGUAUCUGGACAAUCGGUGUUCAUAACGAUGCUGGAGAAAGUAUCUCGAUCAGAAUUGGUGGGCAAUAUCCUUCUAUUGCCGAAUUCACGAGUUCCUCGGGCCCUAGACCUGAGCAUGAGUUGAACAGGGGCGAGCAUAUUAUCCACUCUGGUCCCGAGUACCCAAGUAGGAUCAUCUUGCCCCCUUUAUUGAUGUCAAGAUUUAAGAAGAAGAUACAUAGAUUUGAAUGAUAUCCAGA